CCGAAGGAUAAAACCGAGCCGAAGGUUAAAAUCCGAAGGAUAAAACCGAGCCGAAGGUAAAAAUCCGAAGGUAAAAAUCCGAACCGAAUGUAAAAAUCUGAAGGAUAAAACCGAGCCGAAGGUAAAAAUCCGAAGGAUAAAACCACAGACGAAGGUAAAAAUCCGAAGGAUAAAACCGAGCCGAAGGUAAAAAUCCGAAGGUAAAAAUCCGAAGGUAAAAUCCGAGCCGAGAUUACAACUCGAACCGAUGUUACAAUCCGAGCCGAGGUUAAAAUUCUGAGCUGAAAUUGACUUUCACUUGGAAGUGAUCAAAAUCAAAACCCAACCCAUUUUUCAAAUAGAAUUGGGUCUGGGGGCAUUUGUUGGGGUGUUAAAAUGGGCCCACCAUUUUAACCCAAAAGCCAAUAAAAUCCACUCAAGCCCAAUAUCCCUUACAAGGCCUCAAAGGCCCAACAAAGGCACUAUAUAUACCCCUCAAAGGGCAAGGUAAAAGGUGAUUCUCGAACCCUAGAGAAGCCACCCUACUCUCUCUCUCCCCUAAACACCUCAUUUUAUACAUCAAUUGUACUGACUUGAGCGUCGGAGGCUCCGCUUCGGGGACCCCCCCUUGGCCCGGAGUUCAUCUUGCAGGCACCGCACGAGACCGGAACUCAAGAUACCAAGGACGCUCCUACUAUCGUUUCAACCCCGAAACACAAGUUAAUUAUAACUGUAAAUAACCAUAAAAUUCAUUGUAUAAUUUGCCUCCCGAAAGCAUUAGUAAAAGAUACGGACUCAGCUCGAACUUGAAAAGAUUUGAAAUCCUCCUAGAGAUCUUCCAUUACCGCUAGCUUAUUUUUGUUGGUUAUAUAAUUCUGAUGAGUAUAGUGAGUGAGCACGAACAACCUUCUCUCCUGAAAAGGAAAAAAUAUAUGGAGUUGCAGGUGGAGAUAGUAUCGAGAGAAACAAUUAGGCCAGAAACUCCUACACUCCCUGAAUUCAAGCAUUACAAAUUAUCUCUUCUUGACCAACUUUCCCCAUUGGUGUAUGGAAUUGAAUUCACCUGCUAUGCCCCUCCUAAUAACAAGUUAGAUGAUGAACAUUGCAGUAUUGCUCACCUGAAAAAGUCCCUCUCCAAAGCACUAUCUCGAUUCUACCCUCUUGCCGGCAGGCUCACCGCUGAUGAAUCCACCAUUGAUUGCAACGACGAGGGUACACCCUUUGUUGAAGAUCGAUGUAAGUGUCCGUUAUCACUCUUCCUCCAUGCCCCUUAUCGCGUUGAUAUGGCUAACCAGUUCCUCCCGAGUAUCAUCCCAGCCCAUGGCCAUCGUACCUCCAGGUCCUUGGCGCCUACUGAAAUGGUUCCAUUCGCAGUGCAAGUAAGCAUCUUUGAUUGUGGCGGAGUGAUAAUAGGGACCAAGGGGCUUCACAAGAUCCUUGAUGCAGCUUCGUGUGGCAUCUUCCUCAAAAUGUGGUCUGAUUUAGCAAAAGGCCUACAAGUAGAAAGCGCUAUCGACAUAACAACAGCCAUAUCUCUUUUCCCACCUUGUAGUUGGGCUGCAGUAUCACCACCGAGAGAACCCAUACCGCUAUGCGCUUUAGAAGGGAAUAAGGUGGAUGGUACAUGUGUUGUGAAGGUGUUCGAGUUCAAUCCUGACUCAGUUGCAACUCUACAGGCCAAGGCAAGGAGUGACCUUGUACCUAAGACAACUCGUAUUGAAGCUGUCUCUGGAUUCAUUUGGAAGCAUGUUAUGGCAGCCGCCGCCACUGCCUCCGGAAAUCCUUGCGCAUUUGGUCCAUCGGUUGUCACUCACGCAGUAAACAUACGGUCUCGCACCAGUCCAAAACUAUCACCAACAACCUUUGGAAACUUGGUGGUCCAUGGCAUUGCUGACUACAAGGGACAGAAUGGUAUGGUGCCAAAGCUCUCAGACUUGGUUACCGAAAUUUGGAGAGCUCUUGCAGACGUUAAAGAUGCAGACUUCUUAACCACGUUGCAGGGAAAGGAUGGGGGCCAAGCAAUACGUCGAUACAAACAAAACCUAGCUGUUUUAAAGGAUCAACCUAAUAUAAGCAUAUACAGGUUUACUAGUUGGAGUAAGCUGGGUAUGAAUCCUGAUUUUGGGUUCGGGAUGCCACUCUGGAGUGGACAUACUGGUGGAAGGAUGAGCUCCUCUUUUAAGAAUCUCAUCCUCUUGAUUCUUAAUCCUGGUCAUCAAAUUGAAGCCUCGUUGAUAUUGGAUGAAAAAGAGAUGUAUAUUUUGCAAUCUGAUCCUCACUUUCUUCAAUUUGCUUCCCUCAUUGGUCGACCACAUUCUCAUACAACAACAAUAUAACACAACAUAUGUCCGCUAUUUUAGGCUCUAUUUGCUUCACCUUAUUACUUUUUUCAUACCGAUUAAGGUCAUAUCUAAAACAUUAAUUUCA